UACAGUCGUUGUUGCUCCGUUAUCUCGCAGCGAUCGGAGGUGACUGUUGUUUGCGUAUCGACAGCCUCUUAUCAAUACUCCCCCUAACCCUAACCCUCUCCCCAACAACCCCAAAAAACCCAAAAACACAUACACCCGCCAUCGAACAUGUCCGCCGUCCCGAGUGCUGGAGUGCUGCUUGUGCGUGCUGCACCAGCGACUGACGCUUCGACAAGCGAGCGGGAGGACGGCACUCGGCUGCAAGUCCUGCUUCACGCAACCACGCGCGGCGAUAAGCACACUCAACGCCUGCUCUCCGAUCUCGGCGGCCGCGCGGAGGCCAGCGACUGGAACGCGCUGUUCUGCGCCGCCAGAGAGCUGUCUGAAGAGACAUGCGGGAUAUUCAGUCCCCUGGAGACCCAAACCGACAGUUUGGCUGCACGGAUUCUGAGCGCAACACAGCAAGCAUAUUGGCUCAUGGCAUCCAUCGAUGCGGAAGUGAACCUGGCAUCCGUGCAUCCCCAGAGCGACUACCACUGCUAUUUGGCCUGGACCUCGAAUAAUCUGGAUGUGAACGAGCUCAACGUUCUGAGCAGGACGCAUGAAAACGGCAAGCGCCUGUUCGUGUGGGUGGAUGUCGCGGAAAUUUGUGCCGCCAUCACGAAUCAAUCCAAGAUCUCGCUCGUCGUGCCUGACCACGAGGAGCCGUUGGAGCUUGGUUUGCAUCCUCGAAUCAGCACACCCCGGUUGGCUGCGGCUCUGCAUCAACUCGGUCGAGAUUCGGCCGCGCUUCGCAGCGCUGCGCUCAGUUCAUCGGCUCUGCGAACACUGCAGGGUCGCGUUCAAGACGUCAGUCUUCCCCCAAGGCGCUUUGCAGUCAUUGACACGGAAGACGAUCCCGUGUGGAGCGGGCACGAGUGGUUGUGGAGGCUCCACUUGGAGGAAUUUGCGGGCCUGCGCGGCCAUGUCGCAACAUCAUCGUCCUCCGAGUCAUCCACAGACACGCAGAGCAGUGGAGCUGCGGCGGAAGAGUGGUCCGUGUAUCGCGCCUUUGCUGGAGAGCUCCCGGCGGACGAUGGACGCCAUCUUGCCGGAAUCAUCAUCACGGGCAGUCACCACAGCACCAACGAUACCAGCCAGGCAUGGAUUGCAUCGCUCUCUGAAUUUAUUCGCCGCUGUAGCGCGCACGGUCAAACGCAAAUCUUUGCCAGCUGUUUUGGAUGUCAGUGCACAGCUGCCGCACUAGGCGGCGCGGUCACAACCAAUCCAAGCGGUCAGUACGUGUUCCAGACGGAGAGCGUCAAGGUCCAACCGGCCGCCAAGGACUCGGCUGUCGGUGCGCUUUUCCAGGCUGUGCAACCCGAAGGAGGGUUUCGAGUGCUUGAGAGUCAUGGCGAAUGUGUUGCUACCGUCCCGCCCGGCUCCGAGAUCGUUUGCGCUUCUGACUCUGCCAGAGUCGAAGUGUUUGCGUUCAACGGCUGCUUGCCACAACAGUCGUCGGUCGUCUCCCGCUACGGAAAUGUCCUCGGUAUCCAGAGCCAUCCCGAGUUUUCCGUCCAGAUUAUGGAGCGUUGGAUUUUGCCAUCCCUUGAAGCUGAAGGCGCGACGCUUUCCGUCCCGACUGCUGAUGGUGCUUUUCGGCGCUCUGUGCGACAAGCCCGCGAUGGCAGAUCCAUGUUGUCUGCAAUUCGCAGCUUUCUCAAGUCUGCGCCCAAAUGAUUGGCGUGCGGUUGUGUGUGGACGCAUCGAGUCACAAAGUUUAUUCAAAGCACAGACAGUCGAAACAAACAUUAAAACAAACAUUAAAACAAACACGUCAACGAAA